AUGGGCUUUGGACAUAGAUGGAGGAGUUGGGUUAUGGAGUGUGUAGGUACGAGCUCCAUGUCAGUGCUGAUAAAUGGAUCGCCAUCUAAGCUUUUUAAGAUGGAAAGAGGUUUGCAACAGGGGGACCCGCUAUCGCCAUUUCUUUUGGUACUUGUGGUUGACGUUCUACAUAGAAUGUUUGGAGAGUCGGCGAGAAAUGGGAGAAUAUCGCCGUUACUAGUGGGUAGAGACCAUGUCGAGUUAUCACAUCUUCAGUUUACGGAUGAUACCAUUCUUUUCUACCCCCCGGAGGAAGAGACCAUAAAGAACUAUAGGAGGAUCCUUCAUUGCUUUGAGCUUAUCUCGGGGCUGAGUAUUAAUUUUGAUAAGUCUAGCUUGAUUCUUGUUAACAGUGAUGUUCAGUGGGUACAUCUUAUGUGCAGUGUACUGGGCUGUAAGGAAGCAUCUCUUCCGGUAAAAUACUUGGAGAUCCAACUAGGAGUGAAUCCGAGGUUGGUGAAGACUUGGAAGCCCAUUAUAGAAAAAGUGGAGGAGAAGCUGAGCAUCUGGAAAGCUAAGGUACUCAAUAAGGCAGGAAUUGCAGGUGGAAUUGCUCCCGGAGGAUAUAGCGAGUUUCAGCUUUGCUAG